AGGACAGGCAGCGUUAUAGAGAGGGAGAGCACGAACACUCAACAAAAUAACAGGAGAUACGCGUGGGAACAGCAGCCCACUACAGAGAGAAAAAGGAACCUGUUAGAGCCUGUGGGUCUGUCUGUCUAUCUGUGUGUGUGUGUGUUAAGUGUGUCUCCACGGUUCUCCUGAGGCUGUGGCAGCCAUGGCGUCAGAGCCUAGCACCCAGUCUACGGUGAUGUUCCAGGUAACGGACAAAACAGAGGAGCCGGCGCACCGCAAGCUGGGCAAGCUGACAGUCAAAUACAACCGCAAGGACCUGCAGAGGAGGCUGGAUAUCGAGGAGUGGAUCGACGGGCAGCUGCACCUGCUGUUUGACUGUGAGGAGGAAGAGAUUCCAGAGUUAGAGAUCGACAUAGAUGAGCUCCUGGAGCUGACAGACGAGGGGCAGAGAACCCGUCUGCAGGAGCUGUUGCAGGAAUGUGGAAAGCCAAAAGAAGAUUUUAUCAAUGGGCUGCUCUACAGGAUAAAGGGUCUACGCAAAAUGUCAGGUCCCUUGAAGAAAUGAUUAUAGGUCAAAUAAAGAAUUGAGAAUAUGUGGAGCCUCUUAUCUUCCCACCUUCUGUGGGACUCUUCCUGCCCUCUGUUCCCGGGUCAGCAUCAGUCUUAAAACCAGGUAGUCGGGUUUUGAAUGGAAUUUUUUUAUUUUAUUAUUUCACUUUAAUUUAUGGACUGCUAUAACAUUUUGUCUCCCAUAAACAUACCAAUAAUUCACAUGUGAUAAAAGUUGUACUGACUAUUACUCAGAAGGUUUUUUUUCUGUGGAAGACUGUACAUUUUCGGUUGCCUAUUUAUGUACAUAAAUAUUUUUGUUCUGAUAAAAGUGUUGUAUGUCGGAAAUAAAACAUUUUCAAGACAA